AUUUACAGAUGCGUUGCAGACUAACGAUCGUCGACGACUUUCUCAAUCAAGCGUUCUACAAAAUCGGACUUUGCGUUGGCGAAAGACCCGGGUACUUUGUAGUCAUACCGAUUCUCCUCGGAUGCAUUUGUCUCACUGGGUACCAGAGAAUCCAUUAUGAAAUCGAUCCCGAAUACUUAUUUUCGCCGAUCAACGGCCCUGGCAAAUAUGAGAGAAGUAUCGUCGAAGAACAUUUUAAAGUUAACUACAGCCACCGGUUUAGUGUCAGUAGAAUCACCCGGCCAGGCAGGUUUGGCCACGUGAUAGUAAUUCCCAAAGACGGAAACAACCUACUGAGGAAAGAUGUUUGGGAAGAAUUAAUACUUCUUGAUGGUAUGAUUAAAAAUGUUACUGCUUAUUACGAAGGCGAGAGUUAUACUUACGAGCAGCUUUGUGCUAGAUGGCAAGAUGAUUGUUUUAAUAAUGAUAUUCUUAAUUUAUCUAAAAUUAUCGACCAAGUCGAAUCGCAUCAAAUAAAUUUAACAUUUCCAGUAAUGAUAAAUCCGGUGACAUUCGACGUCCAUAUCUUCCCGGUAUACUUCGGAGGCAGUGUAAUUACGGAAAGUCUGACUAUCGAAAGUGUACCAGCGGUACAAAUUGGAUAUUUUCUCGCUGUUGACAACCAACGGCAGGACGCUAUAGGCGCAGCGUGGGAAGAAGCAUUCCUAAACACCGUGGGCGAAGCUGAAGAUUCUGGACUCUUUAAGAAGAUAAGUACAGCGCGUUUCGCCUCACGAACCCUCGAACUCGAACUCGAAGCAAACACCAAAACCGUGGUGCCGUAUUUCUCCAGCAGCUUUGCACUGAUGGGAAUUUUCUCGGUGGUCACCUGCAUGAUGACCGACUGGGUAAGAAGCAAACCCUGGCUCGGCCUCCUGGGGAACAUCUCCGCAGGAAUGGCCACCGUUUCAGCUUUUGGAUUCUGCAUGUACCUCGGAGUUGAUUUUAUUGGCAUCAACCUCGCAGCUCCGUUCCUGAUGAUCGGAAUCGGAAUAGAUGACACUUUUGUGAUGCUGGCUGCUUGGAGGAGGACCAAUAUUAUGGACCCAGUUCCCCAGAGGAUGGCUGCGACUUUAAGCGAAGCUGCUGUUUCGAUAACUAUUACUUCAGUUACUGACAUGAUUUCUUUCUUCAUUGGAAUUGUUUCGCCGUUUCCUUCUGUCAGAAUUUUCUGCAUUUAUUCUGGAUUCGCCGUAGUUUUUACAUUUUUGUUCCACUUGACUUUCUUUAGUGGAUGUGUCGCCAUAAGUGGAUAUUGCGAGCAAAAAAACAGACACAGUGUUGUUUGUUGUCAAGUGAUGCCUCUUUCUAAGUCAACCCAUAGAUCCUGGUUUUACCGAGUGUUUUGUACCGGAGGAGUGGAUCCAGCAGACCCGAAUAAUCCAAUAGAUAAUCCUGAGCAUGGAUGCAUGACCUGGUUCCGAGAUUAUUUAGCAUCUUUCUUGAAUUGUCCUGCAGUAAAGGCACUAGUGAUACUCUUGUUCGGAGCCUAUCUCAUCGGAGCCCUUUACGGACUGACUACUCUCAAAGAAGGUUUAGAGAGACGCAAACUCUCCAAAGAAGACUCGUACUCCAUAGUCUUCUACGACCGUGAGGACUUGUACUUCCGCGAAUUUCCCUACCGCAUUCAGGUUAUAGUUUCUGGAAACUACAACUACAGUGACCCAGUGGUCCAAGCACAAAUGGAAAACCUGAUGAGUGCUUUAGAAGGAACGCCGUACAUAAGCAACCCUCUUUACUCUGAAAGCUGGCUAAGAAGUUUCCUAGCCUACGUUGAAGACAACAAAGACUACUUGAACACGACUCUGGACAGUGAGGAGAGCUUCAUAAAAUCUUUGAAAAAGAACUGGCUCACUCCGGGGAGCACUGACGCCUUGGACGUGAGAUUCGACGAAACUGGGGAGCGAAUUCUGGCCAGCAGGUUCCUGAUCCAGGCUGUUAAUGUAAGCGGAACUAAUCAAGAAAAAGACAUGUUGAAGACUCUGAGGAAGAUAUGUGCGGAUUCUCCGUUAAACGCGAGUGUCUUCCACCCGUAUUUCGUCUUUUUCGACCAGUUUGAGCUGGUGAGGCCGACUAGUGUCCAGUGUAUGAUUUAUGGCGCGUUGAUCAUGAUGCUGAUCUCCUUUAUCUUCAUCCCCAAUGUGCUGUGCUGCUUGUGGAUCGCUUUUUGCAUCGUCUCCAUAGAGCUGGGAGUUGCCGGUUAUAUGGCGCUGUGGGAUGUCCACCUGGACAGCAUCUCCAUGGUUAACUUGAUCAUGUGUAUAGGAUUCAGUGUGGAUUUCACGGCUCAUAUCUGCUACGCGUACAUGAGCUCCAAGAAAACGCACCCGGAUGACCGGGUAAGAGAUUGUCUGUACAGUCUAGGACUCCCGAUAGUCCAGGGUGCGCUGUCGACGAUCCUCGGGCUGGUAGCUUUGCUUCUCGCGGGAACUUACAUCUUCCUGGUGUUCUUCAAGAUGGUCUUCCUGGUGAUAUUCUUCGGAGCUCUGCAUGGAAUAUUCCUGUUGCCGGUUUUGCUGUCUAUUUUUGGACCCGGGUCGUGUUCACCACGAGUACCCGAGAAGAAAAAGGAAGAAGUUGGAAAAAUUCCUCCUCCUUUUGUGAUUCCUCACCCGAGUCUCAUGUAUCAUCAGACCAAGACUCCUGAUCGGAUACAGGUCGAAGAACGGGAUCCAGGUCUGGGAACCAGCGAAGACAGCACCUCGACCGAAAGCGGAUCUUCCAGAAAAGAUAAAGAUAAAGCUCCCAGCAGAGUUGUCAUUGAAGAUACCAAUACCAUGGGAUGGAAGAGAUCAUUGGGAAUGUUGUACGGCUCUCAGUUCCACGCCACCGCACCAAGACCAGAUUACCCUGGGUGCGAGCUCAGACACUCACUGGACAACAGAAAAGACAUCAGGACUGUUCCUCAUCUAUACUACGCUCCUCAAAGGGUCCCGGUUGUGAGCGAAAGGGAUGGACGCAUUUAUUGUUAUACAGAAAUAGAAACUAAAAAGUAA